GUUGUGUAGAAAAACAAGUGUACAUUAAAACUAAAUUUUUUAAUAAUAAAAAAUAAAAUUAAUAUUUUUAUAAUCGUAUAUCAAUAAAAUAAAAAUAAAAUUACCAAAUUUUAUAACUUGAUUGCAUUUACUUCAACAUAUUAUUCGAGUUUUUCAAAAAAAAAAUUUUAUCGAUUUAAACACAAAAACAUUACGGAAAACAGUGUACCUAUCAAGUGAAUUGGAAUUUCUUUGAUUUGAGAAAUCAACUCGGAUUUCUUCAUUUCACACUAACACUGCUAUUUUUUUUUGUAGGUUUUUAACAUAACGAUAGUAAAGUUUGAUGACCGCAGAAAUAUUGAUGUUUGUUUAACUAAGUAAGGAAUCAAAAAAUUCUAAAUUAAAUUAGAUUUUUUUUUGUUUAAAAGAAAAAUAAUGCAGUAAUUUGAAAUGUUUACGUGGCUAAAAAACUAAAUUUAAAAAUUUAUAAAUAAAAAAGAAAAUAAAUGUAUUAUUAUAACUUUUACUUUUCCAACAAAGAUGAAUCAUAAUUUUAUAUUUUCAAUCAAUAAAGUGUGGCAAAUUAAGUGUAAACUUUUUUCACAUAUCUACAUUCACAACAUUUAAUUUAAUGAAAAUAUUUAUUUAUAGUAAUAACGCGCUAGUAAAACUUAGAUAAGAGAAAAAACUGAAUAUCGGUUUUGGUUUUUGAUUUAAAUUAAGAACAAAUUCGAAAAUGUUUGGAAAAUUCCGUAAUCGUUAUAUGUCUGGUUUACCACAAUUAGUGGGACCGGUUUCACCUCCAAUUUUACAUCCCCAACCACCAUAUUCAAUUUCUGGUAAUAAUAGUGGCCGUCCUUCAAACCGUCAUCUUCCUGAUAAAUUUUCAUAUUCACGUCCAUCCUUUUUACAACUUCUUACGUUAGAUGAAUUAAAGGCAUCAGCAGAUCAUAACGUAAGACCAAUUAUUGUGCCCCGUGAUAUCAGCGUUUUACCAUGGAAUACGGGUUAUGCUGAAUGUGUAAAUUCUGGUAAGAGUGAAUGGAAUGAAGAUCAAGCUCAAUUUUGUCGACAAGUAUUAAGUCAUCCAUUAAAAGAACAUCCUGAUUUACCAUACAUAUAUUUCGGAAUUUUUGAUGGUCAUGCAGGUUAUGGUGCAGCAUUAGCAGCUGCAAAUCAAUUUCAUCAUAUAUUGCAUGAAAAAUUGGUUGACAUCAUAGAUAUGUUAAUGCCAAGACAAGAAAUAUUACAAAGAAAGCCAGAUUUUCCACAUCCUAUUAAUUUUCAGAGAACAGUUACAAAGGAUGAACUAAUAAUUGGUGCUUUAGAAAGUGCAUUUGUUGAUAUGGAUGCAUUAUUAGCUGAAGAUAGAUCAAAAUAUCGAAAUGCUGGUGGAUGUACAGCAUUAGUUGCAUUAUUUAUAUAUGGUAAAAUGUUUGUUGCAAACGCCGGUGAUAGUAGAGCUGUUUUAUGUCAAAGAAUUUCAAGUGAAGUAUUGAGAACACAUCAAAUGAACUGUGGCAUGGGUGAUGAGGAAAAGCAAAACGGUGAAACAAGUAACGGAGAAAGUGAACCAAUUUCAAAACACCAAGAUAAAAAACAUAUGCAUAUAUUUCCAAUUCCAUUUUCAUAUGAUCAUACACCAGAUACAGAAAGACCUCGUUUAAUGUCUACAGCAAAAUUAAAUCCAGUAUUAAUGGGUGGCGAAUAUGUAGCAAUGGAGUAUGCCAAACGGCCUGUUGUAAAAGAUUUAGGUCAACGGAUACUUUAUCGCCAAGGAACAAUGAAAGGUUGGGCUUACAAGACUUUAACUCAUGAAGAUUUAAAAAUGCCAAUUGUUACUGGUGAAGGAAAGCGUUCAAGAUUACUUGGUACAAUUGGCGUUACACGUGGUUUUGGUGAUCAUGAUUUAAGAGCUCUUGGUAGUGGGCUACCAAUUAAACCAUUCCUAUCGCCACAUCCCGAUGUCAUUUAUAGAGAUUUAUCAAAAGUCAUAUCAAUUAUGGAUGACAAUAAUCAAGAUGGUGAUUAUGGCAUUUUAAUUAUGGCGACAGAUGGAUUAUGGGACGUUGCAGAUACAGAAUCUGUUAGUAUGACUGUAUUUAAUACUUUAUCAAAAUAUCCAACAGAAAAACAUCGUUAUACAAUGGUUGCUCAAGAAUUAGUAGCUAAAUCACGAGGUAGAAUUAACAAUUCGGGACAUUGGCGUUUAGCAGAUAGUAAAGCAGCUGCAACAGUUGAUGAUAUAUCAGUUUUAGUUAUACCAGUUUACCAGUAUUAUAGAGAAUAUUUAGAUUGGGAACGAAAAUGCCGAGAAGAUGCCGAACGUAAGCGUAAAGAACAAAUUGCUGCUGCAGAGGAAGCUGAACGUAAGCUUAAAGAGGCUUCAUUUGCAGCUGCUUUAGCUGAAGAAGUUAAAGAGAAUGGAUCUACAGGAAGUGAGGGUGCCGAUGAAGAAAAUGAUGAAGAAAACGAUGAUAAUGACAAUGAAACCGAAAUAAAAGAUAGCGAAACUGAAAAAGAAAAUAAAAUUAAUAUAAACGAAAGUGAGGCUUUAAACGAUAUUAAUAAGAAAUUACAGGAAAUAAAUACUGAAAUUCCGAGUGAUCUUGAUAUAAAUGAAAGCAACUGUGAUAUUGAUGAUGUUGAAUUUAAUGUCGAAAAAUCAAUAACUGCAGUUACAAAUGAUAAAAAUAACUUUAAUGCUGAUAAUAACGCAAAUAAUUCCAGUUAAUUAAUUAUAGAUUUAAUUUGAAAAUAAUUAUGUAUUUAAAAAUAUAACAUAUGCAGAACAUAUUUGAAAAAGCUAGGCUUAAUUAAUUAUUAUACAUAUUUAUGUUCUUUAAGUUUUUUUUUCCAAUUUAUUUAACAAUUUUCAAUUUAAGACGAAUUUAGCUAUGUUUCUUUUUUAGAAAUAUGUUUGAAAAACUUAAUAUA